UUUACAAUGCAUUGUUGAGAGUGAGGCAACUAUUGGCGCCAUGGUGGGGGAGCCCGGUGUUAUAAAGAAACUCGACCAGGUUGUCGUCAAUCGCAUUGCAGCCGGUGAGAUAAUACAACGUCCGGCCAAUGCGCUCAAGGAGCUGCUGGAGAAUAGCCUGGAUGCCAAGUCGAGUCAUAUACAGGUGAAUGUUAAAUCUGGCGGACUGAAAUUGCUGCAAAUCCAGGACAAUGGCACCGGCAUACGCAAAGAAGAUCUGGCGAUUGUCUGCGAACGCUUCACGACCUCCAAGCUGAGCAAGUUCGAGGAUCUAACGGAAAUCGCCACAUUUGGGUUUCGCGGCGAGGCAUUGGCCAGCAUUAGCCAUGUGGCCCACCUCAGCAUACAAACGAAGACGGCCAGCGAAAAAUGCGGCUACAAAGCCUCCUACUCGGAUGGCAAGUUGCUGGAUGCAGCCAAACCAUGCGCCGGCAAUCAAGGCACCAUCAUCACCAUUGAGGAUCUGUUUUAUACGAUGCCACAGCGACGACAGGCACUCAAAUCGCCAGCGGAGGAGUUCCAAAAGAUCUCAGACGUGCUUGCCAAAUAUGCUGUACACAAUCCCCAAGUGGCAUUUGUCCUGCGCAAGCAGGGCGAACAGCCCACACUUAAGACACAAGCGUGCAGCUCACGUACGGAAAAUAUACGCGCAAUUUAUGGCGGCGCUGUGGCCAAGGAGCUGAUGGAGUUCAGUCACAAGGAUGAGAUGUUCAGGUUUGAGCUGCAGUGUCAGCUGACACAGGUGAACUAUGCGGCCAAGAAAUCAACGCUGCUGUUGUUCAUCAAUCAUCGCCUCGUGGAAUCACCAGCUCUCAAAGCGGCCAUUGAUGGUGUUUAUACCACGUAUUUGCCGCGUGGCCAGCAUCCCUUCGUUUAUAUGAGCCUUGUGAUGCCGCCACAAAAUCUGGACGUUAAUGUGCAUCCUACGAAGCAUGAAGUGCAUUUUCUCUACCAGGACGAGAUCAUUGAGCGCAUCAAGCUGCAGGUGGAGGCCAAACUGUUGGGCAGUAAUGCCACCCGAAGCUUCUACAAGCAGCUCAAGUUGCCAGGCUCCACGGAGGUGGAGACAUCUACCCAGACACUAGAUAAAACGCAGCGCUGUGAUAAGGAAAUGGUUCGCACCGAUGCCACUGAGCAGAAGCUGGACAAGUUCUUUCGGCCACUGGAAAAGAGCGAUUCAGGCCUGUCAGCCAGCUCGGGCAAUGAGACGCCGCCAGCAUCGCAGGAGGAGAGCUUUCGGGUGACGGCGGCGCGCAAAUCGAAAGAAGUACGCCUCACCAGCGUCCUCGAUAUGCAGCAGCGUGUGGAGCGCCAGUGCCACAUCGAACUGCGCAGCAUCCUCAAGCAGCUCGUCUACGUGGGCUGUGUGGAUGAGCGGCAUGCACUCUUCCAGCACCAGACCCAUCUUUACAUGUGCAACACGUGCGCUUUAAGCGAGGAGUUGUACUAUCAGCGUCUGGUCUACGAGUUCCAGAAUUGUGGCGAGAUUAGAGUGGUGCCAGCACUGCCGCUGCAGCAGCUGUUGCUCAUUGCACUGGACAGUCGUGCCGCCGGCUGGUUGCCCGAGGAUGGGGACAAAGCAGAAUUGGCCGCGAAUGCGGUGUCCAUUUUACAAGAGAAGGCGCCCAUAAUGCGAGAGUAUUUCUCGUUGCGGAUCUCGCCGGAGGGCUGUUUGGAAUCCCUGCCAGCUUUGUUGCCCCAGCAUGUGCCCAGUCGCGCCCAAUUGCCCAUCUAUCUGCUGCGCCUGGCCACCGAGGUGGACUGGGAGCAGGAGGCGCAGUGCUUCGAGAGUUUCUGUCGCGAGACGGCGCGCUAUUAUGCCCAGCUGGACUGGCAGGACGAUGGCGAUAUGCGUGACCAGCACUGGCACAUGGAGCACGUCCUCUUUCCAAGCUUCAAGAAGUUUCUCCUUCCACCGGUACGACUCAAGCAGCACCUCUACGAACUGACCAGCUUGCCUGCCCUUUACAAGGUCUUUGAACGUUGUUAGUUAUGCGCAUGAAAGUUUAUAAAUUAUUUUCUUCUUUGUAAACAAUAAAUAAAUAAUACAAUAAUAU